UUUAUGGAAUACAAAGAGAAGAUUUUAUUGAAGGAGGAAAACUUUUUUCUUUUUCCUUUUGAUACAGAGAGAGGGGAAAGAAAAAGAGAAUUUGAAGAUUUUUUUUUUAAUUUAGGUUUUUUUUGUUGAAAAAAACUCCUUUAGGUUUAUUUUUUUUGGCGAUUGUAUUUAAUUUUUGUUUGGAUUUUUUUUUUCAAUUAUUUGUUAUUCUGGUGAUAAAUUUGAAGGCGGAGGAGGAGGGGAAGAAGAAGAGAAGAUGCUGAUUUUGUCUCUUCUCUUCUCUUAUUUGUAUUGAUUGCCAAAUUCAUUUUGUUUACCUUCUGGGAAAUUAGGGUUUCGGUUUUGUUGAAAUCUAAAAUCAUGAAUGUUAUGCGUCGUCUCAAGAGCAUUGCUUCCGGUCGCUCUUCAAUUUCUUCUGAUCCUGGUGGGGAUUCUAGCUCCAAGAGGGCAAAGGUUGAUCAAGAAUCAGGUAGGAGUCGCAGAGAAUCAAAUUUAGUUGAGAGUAGUACCUCCAGUCGAGAGCAUAAUAUGGCUUCUACAUCACAGGAAACAGUUGCAAGCACAUCCAGGGUUCCUUCUGUUGCUAGACAACAAAAUCUAGUUGUUGAUCAGCUCCCUAAUGAAAUGCGUGAAAUGAGAAUUAGAGAUGAGAAAACUGUCAGCCAUGAUGAUAAGGAUCCUGAGGCUACUGUUAUUAAUGGAAAUGGAACAGAAACAGGUCAGAUAAUUUCAACUACUGUUGGUGGUCAAAAUGGGCAACCAAAACAGACAAUGUCAUAUAUGGCGGAGCGUGUGGUUGGUACAGGUUCAUUUGGUGUUGUCUUUCAGGCUAAAUGCUUGGAGACAGGUGAACCUGUUGCUAUAAAGAAGGUUUUGCAGGAUAAAAGAUACAAGAAUCGGGAACUCCAGAUUAUGCGUGUACUAGACCAUCCUAAUGUUGUCCGGCUGAAGCACUCUUUCUUUUCAUCCACUGAAAAAGAUGAGCUCUAUCUUAACCUUGUUCUCGAGUAUGUUCCAGAAACUGUACAUCGAGUUUCAAAACACCAUAGCAGAAUGAAUCAGCAUAUGCCCAUUCUUUAUGUGCAGCUGUAUACAUAUCAGAUUUGCCGUGCUCUAAAUUAUUUACAUCAUGUGGUUGGCGUAUGUCAUCGUGAUAUUAAGCCACAAAAUUUACUGGUAUAUCCCCACACUCACCAGGUCAAGAUAUGUGAUUUCGGUAGUGCGAAGAAGCUGGUCCCAGGGGAACCCAACAUAUCAUAUAUAUGCUCACGAUAUUAUAGGGCUCCAGAGCUUAUAUUCGGGGUGACGGAGUAUACCACUGCUAUUGAUAUGUGGUCCGUUGGUUGUGUGAUGGCUGAGCUUCUGCUUGGACAUCCACUCUUUCCUGGUGAAAGUGGUGUUGAUCAGCUAGUGGAAAUUAUUAAGAUAUUGGGAACACCGACCAGAGAAGAAAUUAAGUGCAUGAAUCCAAAUUACACUGAGUUCAAGUUCCCUCAGAUCAAAGCCCAUCCGUGGCAUAAGUUAUUUCACAAGCAAUUGCCCCCUGAGGCGGUGGAUCUUGUGUCGAGGCUGCUUCAGUACUCACCGAAAUUACGUUGCACUGCUUUGGAGGCAUUAGCACACCCCUUCUUCAAUGAUUUGAGAGUCCCCGAUUUGAGCUUGCCUAACGGGCGACCCCUACCUUCCCUAUUCAAUUUCACAGCUCAAGAACUGGCCGGUGCAUCUACCGAACUACGCCAACGUCUUGUCCCUGAACAUGCAAGGACAUAAAGAAUAUGAUUAGAAGGCAUCUGUAGGCAUUGUAAAUUGGUUUUCUGAUGCUUUCUUUGCCUCCCAUGACGAGGUACGCCACACCACCUUCGCUGGUCAGUUCAGGUCCGAAUCCGAUAAUCUUUGUUCCUUGAUUUAAUAGUUACAAGCCAAGACCCGAAAGCGCGAGUCAGGGAGGCUGGUAAUGCUUUUAGGUGGAUGGAAUAUAGGAAUGCUAGCAGUGGGGUCUUGGGAAUUUUUUUAUUUUUAUUUUUUCUAUAUAAAUAUAUUUUUCAUUUGCAAUAUUAUGUGCCUCAACUAAUGAUAAAAAAAGACUCGUUAGAGUUCAUUGUUCCAAAAACCGUAAAAAUUUUCAACUAGAGGAUUCAUGAGUUUUCCCUCUUAUAUAAAAGUAGAUCCAAUUAAUUUUGGACGUGAUACAAA